GAUUUGUCCUUAAACGAAUAUCAUGAAACCGUAUAUAUUGUAUAACUAAUACACAACAAUGCGGGUGCUCUACAUAUGCACUUUCAAACCCGAACCCCAAGAGAGCAUUUGAUAGUCGUUGUAGUGUGCUGUCGUGAUUAAGACAAAGGCGCCCCACUUUCUCGCGCACUGGGCUCGUCAAUGUUUUGGUUCGGGUCUUUGGGGAUUAGUCACUUGAAGAUUCGCAAGCGUAAUACAAACGCCACAGAAAUAAUUAAAUUGAUAUUAGCGGAAAAUUCAUAUUGCACCACUGUUAAGUAAUUUAUUUUUGUGGCUGGAUUUACAAGUGACCAGACAAUUGCAUAAACAAGUGCACCAAAGCGAUAGUUAACUGUAAUUGCAUUCGACUACUUUCAACUUUCUAGUGCAUGCUGUGAUGGCGAAACGUCUACUGCCACACCAGCCGUCUGAGGAUGGUCCGCAUCCGGACGACGAGCCUGAUAGUCCGGCCAUUGAGGCGGCCGCCUUGGACAUACCUUCACAGGGUGUUGACCCGACGGGUCAGAAAGCGUUCUGGGAGAGCUACAAUUCAGCUAAAAAGUUUCGUCCCACUGCUGACGGCAGCUCGGAAUUACGCUUUGAGAUUCUGCUAGCCCACAUAAUGCCACGUGAGAACGAGGAUGUGAAAAUCAAACGCUUCGUCAUUUACGAGCUAACUGUGCGCCAGGACUCCAGCACCAUGGAUGAGCAGCCGGCCAAGAUUGAGCGCCGUUAUACAGACUUCCGGGAUCUUUAUCAGUGCCUUAAGCGGGAGCUACCCAACGAGCUGGCCAGCGUUAACUUUCCCAGCAAGGUGCUCAUGGGCAACUUCUCAGCGGAGCUGAUUGCCGAGCGCAGCGCUGCCUUCGAAACAUUUCUUACGCAUAUCGCCAGGAAUACAAAACUGCGGGAUUCGGAGGCAUUUUUACGUUUUUUGCAGCACGACGAACUGACCCGUGCGUGCCAGUAUCUGGAUGAGCGGCGAAACGAGAUGGCCAUACCGAUACUCGAGAACUGUUUUCGCCUGUUGAACAAGAUCUUCAUGAAUCGAUCGCGUCCCGUACUGCUGAUACUCUGUCGCCUGGUGGCUGCCUGCACCGCCUCACCGGUGCCCCAUCACUCAGCGGAACGUUGGGCUCUGCUCGCACUCAGCCGCUUCGAUACGCUAUGUGAUAUUGACUUACUGCCGCUCUACAUACCCCUGCUGCACACCUGUGCACACUUGUGGUGGCAACGGGGUCAGGAUCAGAAGCCCAUAACGGAUCGCUUGACGGAGAUGUCCAGGCAGGGCAUUAAUACGGCUAAUAUUACCAGCCUAAUGCAGGCAAUUCACAAGCUGGAUCCCCGCACUGAAACCAUCUGAAUGCACAAUGUACACAAUGCUCAUACACACACACACACACAUACACUUAAUAUAUAUACUCCCUCGAGCCGUAGUGCUAAGCUAAAAGUGCAAUUAGUAACAAUUAUCGUGCAAUUAGUAUUAGAAACGUGUCAUAUUUAUAUUUACAUAGUACUGCGUCUCACGGCCCUUCCACAUCUGUCAACUUUUUGUUUUGUGUUUCAUGUAUGUCUAAUAUCUUAUAUGUCUCAUAUUAUAUGUCUAGUAAGUUAUUUUGUGUAGCUCCGCCAUUUAACGUGAUUAUAACUGUAUCGAAUGCUAAUGGUAAACCUUCUGAACACAAAUGAAAUUGUCUAAGAAUUAACAUUCCUAUAAUAUCAAACAAUCUAUUAUCGAACUAUGGACAAUUAUAUUAAGAACAACAUUAUCAAAUAUAUAAUAGGAACGAUAGUCUGAA